AUGGACAUAAACAACUAUUACAACAUUAUCAAAUCGAUCAAUGAUGGAGAGUCCUUGAAGAACCUGGUACAAACAUUGUUCAAGUCAUAUUGCACAUCACAGACGGCUACGACAAAGUAUGUUGGAUUGUUGGUUGACUUGACUGCUGACUCUAUGUCCAAACUCAAGACCUCACUCUACAAUCUUCAAGAAGGUAGUGAGGAUCCAAACAUUGAUGAGUCAAUCAAUCAGGUGAGAAAGUUGAUCAUAUCCAUUGGAUUGAUUGGAAGGUACUCACCUUACAUUGUAUCAUUCAAAGAGUAUCUUGGUUACAUUGUGGAGCAUAUACUGUUGAACUCAUUGCAGACCAUCAAUGCCAUGGACAUGCCCGUCAACAGCAAGCGUAGAGAGGAUAUCCAAGCACUUUAUGUGGAAUCAAUCAGAUCUUAUACAUUGAUCCUUCAAGCAUAUGGUGAGCACAUGGAACAAUAUGGAGCAGCCUUGUUCGAAGCUGUAUCAAAGCAUAUCAAUGAUGGAAUGUUUGGAACAGGCCUAUCCAACAACAUAGAUUCAUACUCACUGACUUCAAUAAUUGAGUUGUUGUCCAUUCUCAUCCAGACCACUCCACAAGUAGUCCGCGCCAAUCCACUCCUAGUCAACCAUGUUGUCAAUGCUCUAGUUGCACUGAAGUUGGAUGGUGAUGAUGAUCACACUGCGAUAUUGGAUGAGAUGGUACAAGUGCUGGGCCAUUACCUUCAAUUGUUCAUUGUUUGUCCAUUCCAAUCACUCAAUCAAGAUCAAUAUCAGAAACAGAAACAGAAGCAAAAGAAACAAUUUGGUGAUCAAGAUGGUGAUGACGAGGAUGAUGAUGAGGAUGACGAAGAUGAGGAUGAGGACGAUGACGAAGAAUCCGACUCCUCACCAGACAACAUCCAGAUAAGGAUAGCAGAGAAACGCCAAGAUUUGGCGUCAAAGAUAACAGUGGCGAAGACAUUGAACAUAAUUGACAAGCUGUUGACAUCAAAUGGAUUCUGGGACAAGGAAACAAACAUUAUGUUGUUGGCCAUCAUCGCGUCAUAUUCAUUGAUUCAUCAUGGCAAUGAGAGUGUUCCUGUGAUGGAGCGCAUCGUUCAUCAGUUUAGCGAUCAGUUGGCAUUGGCAAAUGGAGGCGCAUCCAACGAGCGCGCCAACAACAUCAUCAACAGCUUGGCCUACCUCUUCUCAAACACACCACGCGACUUGGCUGUUGUCCAUACAUCUCUGUGCCAGCUGUACCAGUGCAUCACACAAUACUUCACACGAGUGAAGAGCGCUUCGCGCGAGCGAAUGGAUUCGUCGGUCAGUCGCGAGGUCAAGGCAGCCCUGGCACAGACUCGCGAGUUAGUUGGAGUGGCACUGGGCAAGAUGCUCCUUGUUCACAACAACUUCUCGCCAUCUGCCGAUGAGUUCCUUGCCUUUGCAUUCGUCCUUGCCGAGCCAUUGGUACUCGCCGACUUCAUUUACGCGUUGGUAUACGACAUCAAACAUCACCAAAACAAUGGACCCAUCAUCGAGAUGACACAACGACUGCGAGACGUCUACCUGCCCAAGACAAUUGGACCUCUGAUAUCCCAACUCAAGAGUAAAUACCAAAGUUCACCCAAGCUCGCAGGAUGCAUCAUCAAGGCAAUUGGUAAGAUGGUGGCAUAUGCUGGUGGAUACAUGGCAGACUACUUUGAUGAGAUAAUUGAUGCAAUGGCAAUGGUUAUGCAAUAUGGAUGGGAAGUGUUCUCAACACAUGCUGUUGCAUGUAUAUCAACAUUGGCCAAGGUUGUCAGUGCAGAGACUUCUGGAUGCACAGAAUAUCAACUCAAUCGUGUAAUGGCACUGUUUGGACUGGUCCUCUCCGAGCAGAUCGUCGCCAAUUCCGAUGAUGAUGAUCAUAUUGACAUUGAUGAGAUGAACCGAAUCAAGUUCAUGGUGCUAGAGGAGGUUGGUGAAUACCUUGAGCAGGCAGCAAUGCAUUUCAAACCAGACAGCACACAGACACAGACACAGCCGUCGUCCAACAUUCUUAGUCAGCUGAUGGCAUACUUGAUGGUCAACAUUGGUGUGGAGGAGGUCACAUUCGAUUCUGAACUAUACCUUCGCAUGUCUCAACUUACAACUCUCAAGCAAUUGGUAAUAUAUCAACGACAAGUUGGUACGGACAGUACUGAUCAUAUAAAGACGGCACUUGGAUGUAUGAUCGAUGAGUUGGUACUGAUAUCAAAGAUGGUGGAUGAUCAAGAGAUGCAAGAGACAUUGGAAGAUCAUUGCGUUGAUGUACUUGGAGAUACUGUCCAAAAUAUAACCAAAUCGAUUGAUCGCCCUGGUGUCCUACAGAUCCUCGAGCAACUAAUGAACGAGAAGAGUUUGCCAAGUGACCAAAGGAAGCGUGUCGACAAAUCUUUGAUCGCUCAAACAAAAUAA